AUGGCGAAUAGGUCUCUGCACGAGCGAUUGCAAGGUACCUGGAAGCUGGAGUCUUAUAUUGCCCAUCCCGCAGCAGACUCAACGGUGCAGCGGCCUACCUAUCCUAUGACCAAGAACGUGACCGGCCUCAUCAUGUAUACGUGCGAUGGCUACAUGUCUGCGCAGAUGCUCAUGCCUGGACAGAAGGGCUUCGAUGGUAGUGCAGAGCCUCAAUGGGCCGAGGCCGGGAAACGCUCAUUCACGUAUGCUGGACCCUACUACAUCACCAAGGAAGGCCCAGAAGAGCAAGAGGUUCUAAGGCAUUCGUUCGAGCUGUGUAUUUUGCCAAAUCGAGUUGGCGAAAUUGAAGUACGAUCGCAUCGCUUUGAGGAAGACGAUCAAGUUCUGGUGCUGGGAGGCGAAGAGACGACUGUCAUCAAAGGUGAUGUGAGGAUCCCUGUGCUGCGUUGGAGGCGGGUUGCGAACAAUGCCGGAGCUGGACCACCGCCUGCAUUGCCGGAGAUCAAGCUGGAGUAG